UUUUUCUAGAGAUGUUGAAAGGUAUUUUGUUAAAUUUAAAGCAGACUUUAAUUCACUAAAAAACUAGCUCAAGGAAGAUCCUAUCCCAAAUUGGAUUCAACAUGUUCAAUUCCAGCUGCCACGGUCUCUCUCACCUUGGCUGAUCAAAUAAUGUUUUGUUUCUUUCAGUUACUGUCUUUGUUGUUGUAUUUUCAGAUCUUGGUAUUUCAUGGAAGAGGGUUUAUGCCAAGGAUUUGUUGCAUAUAAGGGCUUAGGUAUGGACUCAAGGUGUUCUACUUAGUGAAGGAUUCUUCCGGAGAGUUGACGAUCAUCCUCUUCUACAAUUGGCUUCUCUAAGGCUAAAAUAGAGUGAGACACUAACGAAAAUUACUCCACCGCCUCCCGAAGCUACUCCCUGGUUUGGUUUAGAGUUUUCAAAAUCUUGCAGUCUAGUUUUGUAAAUCUGUGAGCUUCUUAGAAUUUAUGCAAGAACUCCAAAAAGGCUCUUGUGCAGCGAAUUUCUCCAUUCUAGAGGUAGCGGUUUGCUAGAGCUUUGGGUUAGAUGGUGGCACUAGUAGGGUUUACGAAUUAAUGGAAGUGAGGCUCUUUGAGGUUUUAGCUGGAGUGAUUAAUUUUGCUGUCUAUCUAACAUUUUACUUGUAUUUACUCUUUUGAGCCUUAUUAAUGCAAUUGGGAAAAAAAAUUUUGUCUUCAUUUAAAAAAAAAAGGAUAUAUUUUUUGAGAGAAAAAGAGAAAAGAAAGCUGAAUAUAACAUGAGAUUCCAUGUAAUAGAUUUGGACUUAAAAAUUUCAAAGGCAACUUGACACCAAAUUGCAGUUAGUGACAAAACUUCAGCACCGCAUAAAAUUACAUCUUUCUCUUUCUCUCCACCCACCCACGUACAUUCCUCCAAAUUUUUACAAACCUUUACAAACAGAAAAAACCGAAAAACAUCCCAAAAAUUUUCCAUUGAUGAAGCUCAGAUGAGAUCUUCAUCACCUACUUCAAUUCCAUCUACAAUGUCAUCAUCUUCUUCCUCAAAGAAACAAGCCCUUUUCAUUUCUUCCCUUAUUGUCCUUUGGUACUCCUCAAACAUUGGUGUUUUGCUUCUCAACAAGUACUUACUCUCCAACUAUGGCUUCAGGUUCCCAAUCUUCCUCACCAUGUGCCACAUGUCUGCUUGUGCCAUUCUCAGUUAUCUAUCCAUUGUUUUCUUCAAGAUGGUUCCUCUUCAGCCUGUCAAAUCUAGGCAUCAGUUAUUCAAGAUUGCAACUUUGAGUGUUGUCUUUUGUGGGUCUGUUGUCGGUGGCAAUAUUUCGCUCAGGUAUUUGCCCGUUUCCUUUAAUCAGGCCGUUGGUGCUACGACACCGUUUUUCACUGCCGUUUUUGCCUACUUGAUGACCUUCAAGAGGGAGGCUUGGGUUACGUAUGCUGCUCUUGUGCCUGUUGUUGCGGGCGUUGUCAUUGCCAGUGGGGGUGAGCCAGGUUUUCACUUGUAUGGAUUUAUUAUGUGCAUAAGUGCAACUGCUGCAAGGGCCUUUAAGUCUGUUCUCCAAGGCAUUCUGCUUUCUUCUGAGGGAGAAAAGCUGAACUCGAUGAAUUUGCUGCUCUAUAUGUCCCCAAUUGCGGUUUUAGUAUUGUUGCCUGCAGCAAUUAUAAUGGAGCCCAAUGUGUUAGAAGUCACUUUAUCUCUUGGAAGGCAACAUAAAUAUAUGUGGUUGCUGCUGAUUCUUAAUUCUACAAUGGCCUACUCAGCUAACUUGUCGAACUUCUUGGUUACUAAGCAUACAAGUGCUCUAACGCUCCAGGUGUUAGGCAAUGCAAAAGGUGCUGUUGCUGUUGUUAUCUCAAUCUUCAUCUUCAGGAAUCCUGUAACGUUCGUGGGCAUCGCCGGUUACUCGAUGACUGUUGCUGGUGUAGUCGCUUAUGGAGAAGCAAAGAGAAGAUUUAGAUGAAUGGUUUUGCUAGAUCUUUCAUUUUUAGUUAUUUAUUUUAGUUACCACUGAGGUUAGUGAAGUUGUUAUGUAAGUCAGAAUCAUCAUACUUUCUUUCAGAGGUGAGAGACAGAUGAAGGGAAACAGAGAGAAUUGCAUUGUUGUGUUGUAUUUACCAUAUGUACAAGCUUAUGCUCUUAUUAUAUUCAUUUCUAUUCUGAUUC